GCGGGAUCUGAUGCGAAUGCGAUCGAGUUCAAUUCGAGAGAAGAUGUGGAGAGGGUUUUGAAUGAGAAAAUGAAGGGAAAGAAUAAAAAUGAUUAUAAGGGUAAGAGUGAGCAAAUGAGUGAAUAUAUCAAAAAGCUAAGGACUUGCAUUAGAUGGUUAAUUGAAAGGGAAGAUGGGAACUUGAUGGAGCAAGAGAAAAUACGGAGUAUGCUCGAAUCAGAAGAGAAAAGGCAUGCUGACAACGAGGCAAAAUUGAAGGGUGACAUAGAAGGAUUAAAGGCCAAAAUCGAAGAGCUCCAGGGACAGCAUGAAUCUAUGCAAGAGCUUUUCAGAAAGGAGGAAUUUGACAAGAAUGCGGCAAUUAAAUCUUAUGAGGAAGAAAAGGCUGUUAGGAUCGCUGCUGAGAAAACUAGGGACGCACUUUCUGAAGAGCUCGUCAAGGCUGGACAAGAGGCAAAGCAUCUGGAUGAUCAAAUUAAAGUACAUGAAGCAACCAACAAGCGGUUACAAGAGUACAACACUAGCUUGCAGCAAUACAAUUGUACCCUUCAGGCUGAAGUGGCAAAGAAUAGUGAAACAAUAUCAAAGCUGAAUGAGGAGAAGAACAGUAUGAUGGGUACCAUGACCAGUCUAAGAAACAACAUGACUUCGAUGAAGACUCAGUUGGAUAAUUAUAGGUCUCUUCAGCACGAGGCUGGAAAGCAAAAGGAAGACUUAAAGAGGGAAGUGGAUUCUCUUAGAAGUGACUUGCAGCUAAUAAGAGAUGACCGUGAUACUCAACUAGCCCAAGUACAAAGUUUAGUUGUUGAAAUAGCUAAUCUCAGAGAACUCACUGGUAAAUCUGCUACCGAGGUGGAGAAGACAAUGACAAAAGCCAAUGCGCUUGAGGAGACCUGCUCUUCUCAAAGGGAGAGAAUACAAGCACUGCUUCAAGAGCUUGCAAUUGCAAAGGAGAAAUUGAAGAUGGCUGAUUUGACAGCCACACAGACAAUGACAGAGUAUGAAGAGCAAAAGAGGACAACAAAAGAUUUAGAAAAUCGUCUUGCGGAUGCAGAAUAUCAAAUUGCAGAAGCAGAAAAGCUGCGUAAAGAAUUGCACAAUACUAUAUUGGAGCUAAAAGGAAAUAUUCGAGUUUUUUGCAGAGUUCGACCUGCUUUGUCCGACAGUGAUUCUAGCAGCUCAGAUGGUGUAGUUGUUUCGUAUCCCUUAUCCACUGAACUUCGUGGGCGUGGUAUUGACUUGAUGCACAAUGCAAAAACUAUUCCCUUUGCUUUUGAUAAAGUCUUCAAUCAUGAAGCUUCUCAAGAAGAUGUUUUUGUUGAAAUCUCACAGUUAGUUCAGAGCGCACUUGACGGUUAUAAGGUCUGUAUCUUUGCUUAUGGCCAAACAGGUUCGGGUAAAACAUACACUAUGAUGGGUAUGACCGACUCUCCUCAACAGAAGGGUCUAAUACCGAGGUCCUUGGAACAAAUUUUUCAAACAAGCCAAUCUAAAUUAUCACAGGGUUGGAAAUAUAAAAUGCAGGCAUCAAUGUUGGAAAUAUAUAAUGAAACAAUACGUGAUUUAUUAUCAUCUAAUCGCUCAGGAGGCCUUGAUGUCAAGCAUGAUACAAAUGGGAACACAUGUGUGCCUGGCCUUACUGUUGUUGAUGUCUGCAGCAUUAAUGAAGUUUCCUAUCUCUUACAACAGGCUGCACAAAGCAGAUCUGUUGGCAAAACCCAUAUGAAUGAAGAGUCAUCAAGAAGUCACUUCGUGUUCACUUUACGAAUUUCUGGAGUAAAUGAAAACACAGACCAACAAGUGCAAGGAAUACUAAACCUAAUUGAUCUUGCGGGAAGUGAGCGCCUUAGUAGAAGUGGUGCGACAGGCGACCGUCUCAAGGAAACUCAGGCAAUUAACAAAAGUUUGUCGUCUUUGAGGGACGUAAUCUUUGCCAUUGCAAAUAGAAAAGAGCAUGUUCCUUACCGAAAUUCCAAGUUAACUCACCUUCUUCAGUCAUGCCUCGGUGGGGAGUCCAAAACUUUGAUGUUUGUCAAUAUUUCCCCCGAAGCAUCAUCGUCUGGAGAGUCAUUUUGUUCUCUUCAGUUCGCUACUGGUGUUAAUUCAUGUGAGAUUGGUAUUGCUCGACGACAAACCCAAAUGCGUUCUUCAGAUUCACGACUGAGUUACGGCUAGUCUUCCCUCCAUGGACUCUUGGUAAUUUAGAAAGUUGAAUCGACUAAUAUUUCUUCCCUAUUACUUGUAUAGUGAGAACAUAAUUUUGUUGGAAACCAGCAUUGUUUGUAACUUGGUAGUGGGGAGUACUGUUUAUCAUAUUGUUUGUAACUUGAGAGAACCUAGGUGUUACCAGCUUCACAAGAGCGUGACCAGUGAUUGUUGUAUUUGUAACCUACAUCCUUAUUUCUUAGCAAUCAACCAUCCAUCUAUCUAUUAUAAUCCAGCAAGGCACAGUAUAAUGCCUGUCUUUUGUUUUA